CAACCCUGGUCCUCUCGCCAACGGUCAAGUCGUUAUGUCUCCUUCUCAAGGAAGUCGCCAGCCAGUCAUAACAGACGAAGGUUUUCGUCAAGGCACCCGUCUUCAGUUUUACUGCGAUCCAGGUCAUAACAUGAUCGGACAUGAUUCCGCAACAUGCGGAUCGGAUGGAAUGUGGUCGACCAGUUUUCCCUAUUGCGAGAAAGAUGAAGAUGAAAAUGAAAUAUUUUGCCGGGAUCCCGGUACCAUUUCAAACGGCAGAGUGUCGGUGUUUACUCCGAAAGGCAAGGAAGGGAGGCUGUCUGACAAAUACCCCAAAGGAACCAUCUUAGAAUACGAGUGCCAGAGUGGGUACCAGAUUACUGGAUCCUUUUCAAUCUCCUGCGAGAGCGAUGGAUUCUGGUCCGGCGUCACUCCCUCGUGCGUCGAAGACCUCGAGUCGUACUGUGAUAACCCUGGUCCUCUCGCCAACGGUCAAGUUGUCAUAUAUUCGUCUCAAGGACAUCGCCAACCAUCCAUAACUGAUGAAGGCUUUCGUCAAGAUACACGUCUUCAGUUUUAUUGCGAUCCAGGUCAUAGACUGAUUGGACUUAAUUUUGCCAUCUGUGAAUCGGAUGGGAUGUGGUCGACUAGUUUUCCCUACUGCGAGAAAGAAAACCCAACUGCGGAAGAACUGAUGUACUGCAAGAACCCUGGAAAAGUCGUUAAUGGGGAAGUGCAAGUGUUCCCAAAUCAAGACCAAAGGCGAUAUCCUGCUGAAGAGGAUAAUCCAGAGGAAUAUCCGCAAUACACUCGUAUAAAAUACUCGUGCGAGGAAGGCUAUACUCUGAAAGGAGAGGAGGAAAUAACCUGUGGUGUGAACGGAUUCUGGUCUGCCAGAAAACCCAUCUGCGAAGGAGUGGCCAGAAAACCCAUCUGCGAAGGAGAAUGCGGCAAGUCCAAGAUGAGUGCAACCAACCGGAUAACAAAUGGAGAGCCCACCGUGGCCGGCCAGUGGCCUUGGGUGGUGGCCGUGGCAACCGUCUCUGGUGGCGAGUCCAUGGUAGUGUGCGGAGCAGCUCUUAUAGACAGAAGACACAUUUUGUCUGCUGCCCAUUGCUUCGAUGAACCGGGGUCCUUUGAGCUGUAUUUCGGAAAAUAUCAUCGGAAUGCGGCAUUGGAUGACAAGCACGUAUUUAAACGAACGAAUUUGACCGUGACCAUGAAUCCGCAUUACAACAGCACCACUUACGAUUCUGACAUCGCCCUGGUACGAUUUUCGCCCGACAUUCACUACUCUACUCGCAUCCAACCCAUUUGUCUACCCACCACGGAAUCAACGGCAGACAAUAUCAGACGAGGAAAAAGUGGAAUCGUGGCCGGCUGGGGAAUAAAUGAAAGGAACCUACCCGCAGAAUCCCUUUUCAUGGCCUUUUUACCCGUCCUUCCAGGUGACCACUGUGCCAAGGCUUACCAAAAACAGGGGAAAUUUUUCCCCAUCACGUCUAACAUGUACUGUGCAGGAUUCGAGAAAGGAGUCACGAGUAUAUGCAUGGGAGACAGUGGCUCCCCCAUGGUGUUCUACGAUAGUUUCUCUGAAAGGUACACAUUGGAAGGACUCGUCAGUUUUGGUGUCAGAGAUGAAUGCAGUGAGCCCGAGAGGUACACAGUCAUCACCAAAGUGCUGCCUUACUUGCCGUGGGUUAUUCGUAGCAAACUGAUUUCAUAAUAAAAUAGGAAAGAUUUUAAGGGCUGUCCAUUAUUUAUGUCGAAUUUUUUUAUUCAACAAAUUUGACGUCCAUCUCCCUCUGUUACAUAGCGUUACACUUCACUGUGCCUACUUUUCUCCCAUUGUCACAUGUCACGCUGUUUUUUAAGCAUACUAUAGAAUCGCCCGUCAAGGUAUGACGGGUGAAAAUUGCUUCUACAUUGAACGAAGCAAUUCAACACCAUUUCCCGUUUGGUGAUAUUUUGAUUGUUGAAAUAAUAACCCCAACUCCAGUAGGUAGCGUUCAUUGUUGACUAUUUUUUCGUUUCUUCAUUCCCCUGAAAUGACAGUCUUACCAGUAAAUCAGUUAAGUUGCCGGAUCGCGUUCAGCCUUGUCACAAUAUAAAGCCGUUUCCUCCAUGUUAAACAUUACCAAACCAUGUUAUCAAAUUAUCACGCCGUGGCACGAGUUUUAUUGUUGAAACUCGCGGAAUACUCGAUCAUUGGCUAUUAUUUAUAUGAGGAUUGUUGUAAUAAUAUAGAUAUAUGUCACACUUUUUGUUACCCUCUUCCUUCUCACGAACUGUCACAAUUUCACGAACCUUCCUUUCCCUUCAAAACUUGGCGUUAUUUGUGGACGACCCUUCUUAACUAUUCCAGUUCGUGAGGAUAAAUCGGAGUCACAAAGAACCUUC